AUGUGUCUCUGGGGCAUUGACGGCGCGAGAUUCACAUUCCUCGAAGCAGCUGACCAGCUUCCAACACACGAGGUGUUUCCAGAUUACUCUGAACGGCCAUAUUCAGAUCUUCAGAUACUCAGGUGUUCAGAUUCUUCUGAACGGCCGUGUUGCGCAGGCAUCGUGUCAAAGUUCAGCACCGCUCCACAGGGCUGGGACGCAAUUGUGCGCAACGACCCGGUGCGUUUGGCAGCUGAAACUGGCUAUUCCCAAAGCCCGAAUCAGAAUUCGUGUCCCCGCAGGCCGUUGGGGCGUCGCGGCGGCGCCACAUAUCAGGACAUACACAUUCGGGACGCCCACGGACGUCCAGAAUUCCUCCACAACACAUGUUGA